GACUCGACAAGACGAGAAGCGUCUACAGAAAGCUGGGCCUCGACCCGGCCCAGAAAGGAAGGAAGGGGAAACCAACCCAAAUCUCGCUUGCGCGUCAGGCCGGCGUCUCCGUGAUUCUCCCCGUCCCGCGGCGCACCGGCACCGGCACCGGCACCGGCGGCGAGAUGGCGGACUGGGACGGGGUCCCGGCGAGGGAGCGGCGGCAGAUGGAGGAGAUCCUGCAGCUCGAUAUGGAGGAGCUCAACGUGGAGAUGGUCAACGACGACGGCUCCUCCUCCGAGGAGGCGAACGGCGGCGACGACGGCGCCGACGCCUUCCUCAGGGAAGGAGUGGCUAGCACUUCUGGACAAUUCACAUUCAACACAUCUCUAGCCUCGUUGCACACCUAUCUUGGUGAGGUUGAUGAUACACGGGGUCGAGUUUCUCUCUUAGAUGGUGGCACAAUCCUCAGCUUGCCAAUGCUAUAUCUUCAAGGUGUUGUCCUAUUUCCUGGAGCUACCCUGCCUCUCAGACUAAUUCAGGGUAGAUUUGUAGCAGCUGUUGAGAAAGCUUUGAGGCAGGUCGAUGCUCCAUGCACAAUUGGUGUGGUUCUCAUGUACAAGCGACACAGUACUCGACAUUAUGCUAAUGCUUCAGUUGGAACAACAGCCGAGAUAAGACAACUUGGGAGGAUGGAUGAUGGUUCAUUAAAUGUUGUAGCCCGUGGGCAGCAAAGAUUUCGUCUGAAGCGUCAUUGGAUGGAUGUUGAUGGGGUGGUGUGGGGUGAUGUCCAAAUCAUUGAAGAAGAUACUCCUUUAAGAACCCCAAGGGAUGCAUUUGCACAGCUAGCAUCAUGUAACAGUUUACGGCAGCAUACCUCCUCACCAGUUAUCAGUUUGGAUGUCUCUCCAAUCAAACAACGGGAUCAUGUGGAUUCAGAAUUGGAUUGUGGUACACCAUCACCUAAAAGCACUGCAAGCAAUCAUUCAGCGAUUGAUUCAAGGAUGUGCCAUUCAGAUUCACGAUCCAGCAGUUCAAUGAGAUCUUCUAAUGAAGAUGGGAUUUUCAUGCAUGAGCAGUUUUACAGCCAGGAGCUACAUCCUUUAAAAGGAAGUGCAGCAGUUCAGUCAGGCGAGAAUACCAACAUGGGUGAGGAGGAUUUUUGUUUAACAUCGCUCAGAUCCUUGUCAAGUGCAGGAACAAGAGAUACUAAGGAGCAGCGUCAGUACAUUCUUCCAAAGCAACAUUUUCAGGCACCAUUAUCAUUUUGGCCUCGGUGGGCUUAUCAAAUGUACGAUUCAUAUGCACUUGCUCGUAGGGCUGCAGACCUCUGGAGACAGAUAAUCACACACCCAAGCAUGGAUGAUUACGUGAGAAAACCAGAUCUUCUGUCAUUUUCCAUUGGAAGCAAACUUCCUGUAUCAGAAUCUGUGAGACAAAAGCUACUGGAGAUUGAUGGAAUCUCGUAUCGUCUUCGAAGGGAGAUUCAGCUUCUCAAGGCCUUUAAUCUCAUAAAAUGUAGAUGCUGCAAGUCUCUCAUAGCAAAGCGUAGCGACAUGGUAGUGAUGUCUACUGAUGGUCCUCUUGGUGCGUAUGUCAAUCCUCACGGUUUUGUCCAUGAAACAAUCACAGUUAGCAGGGCAACUGGGCUUGCUCUUGAUGGCAAUCCUUCAACGGUUCACAGCUGGUUUCCAGGAUACUCGUGGACGAUUGCAUCAUGUACGGACUGUGAGUCCAACAUAGGCUGGUUGUUCAAAGCAACCAAGAAGAAUCUGCGACCGAGAUCCUUCUGGGGGAUCCGUAGCUCCCAAAUUGCAGAUGAUGCACAAGAACUAGAUCAGGACGAAUGAUGCUCCGUGUACAGUAGUAAACUUUGUGUGCCCCUCCCUUUUUCUUAUGAAGUUAUGGAAAACACUUUAUUCUCUGGUCCAUAGGCCUAGUUCUCCGUACCUGAGUAGUGGUCGUUGUGACGAUCGCUAUAGAAUAACCACUUCCUCCUGUGUGUAUUACACAACCAUUGCCUUAUGCUAAAGUUCCGUCACAGAAUUUUCUGAAAUGUAGUGUUACUAGAAAUCCAUAGUACAAGAUGAAUGAUGAUAUGAUCAGAUGUUUCAAGCAAUGGUUUGACA